CAUUAUCAACGCCCUAGGAUGUGGAUACGUUCCUACUCUAUACUCCGUACUCAUAUAUCAAUGCUACGUUAGGUGAAAAAGAUAGUCUAGUGAGACAAGGGGUAUUUUGCCUCCCGUGAUUCACUUCCAGGUAUGCACUCCACCGAGUCGAUCCCCGAUCACCGCUUUAAAACUGCUGCUCCUCUGUUUAACUACUUACUCAUGAUCUUCUCUAUUUUCUCUUGGGUUUUGCCUAAGCUGUAUAUGCAACUACAACCUCAAAUCGUGGUGCAAAAUGGCAACACGGAAUGGAGGUGGCGAUUCAGUACAGCCCAACGGGCAGACAUCUGACCUUGAAGGGAGCGCACUUUCGUCAACUGGCACCCGAGCUCAAGACAACACGCCAGGGUCCACCAAGAUCGAGAAAUCCAAGAAUGAGAAACUGCAGCCCCCAUCAAUAUUCGACGCUGAAGAGGGAAAGCCCAUCCACCCGAGCACGAUACCAACCUCGAUUGGUGUCAGUAAGGUUGAGGCCUUUAAUAAGGUCCUUCAUCAAUCUGGCAGAUCCGGCAAGAUUCUUCUCUGGUUAUUGGGUGUCUCCAUUGGGUUAACCAUGUUCGCAUAUGCCAUCGAUCAAGGCAUUACAUACGGCAUCUUUUCGACAAUGGCCAGUUCGACUUUCGGGCAACACAGCUCCCUUGCUGCGGUGGGCACCGCUAGUCAGAUCAUCCGAGCUAUAAGCAAACCCUUCAUCGGAAAAUUGGCAGAUAUCACCUCACGUCCAACCACGUAUGUGGUGAUUCUUGUCUUCUAUGUCCUUGGCUUCGUUGUCGCGGCCAGUUCGAGUACCUUUGCCGCUUAUGUUGUGGGCAUCUCCUUCGCAUCCGUGGGCAGAUCCGGGCUCGACCUGCUGAGCGACAUCAUCGUAGGAGAUUUGACGCCUCUGCAGUGGCGCGGCUUUUUCGGUGCCGCGCUGUCCCUCCCUUUUGUUGUCACCGUGCCGGUCAGUGGCUUCAUUGCUGAAGGCUUUGUCGACGAUUGGAGAUGGGGCUUGGGAAUGUUUGCCAUCAUUAUUCCAGUCUUGCUCGUCCCAGCCAUUCUCACGCUUUACACAAUGCAGCGGCGCGGAGAGAAGCUGGGCAUGGUCACCAUGGCCGCAUCAAAACGCGUGAGGGUCGGUGUGGACGAGUCAAUCGAGUCCAGAGGUUUCAAAUACUGGUGUAAUCUCCUGCUUCAAGGCCUCAUCGAUAUCGAUAUGGUGGGCCUCAUCAUUCUUGGCACGUCUUUUGCACUCAUACUGCUCCCCUUCACCAUAGCGCAGAGCGCCGAUGGCGGCUGGUCGAACCGAAGUGUAAUCGCCAUGCUCGUGAUCGGGUUCGUCCUGCUCCUCGGUUUCGUCUUAUUCGAGAUCUAUCUCGCACCCAAACCACUCAUGACCCAACGAAUCCUCAAGAACCGCACCUUUCUCGCUGCCGUCACCAUCUACACAUUCAAUCAGACCGCAUCUGCAACCCGCAACACAUAUUUCUCCUCAUACAUCUACGUCAUCAAGCAAUGGUCUACCUAUGAGUGGACCAUUUUCCUCGGUAUCACGACAAUGGGCCUCUGCAUCGUCAAUCCCAUUGUGGGACUUAUCCAGCGGUGCACCCACAGGUACAAAUCACUCAUGGUGUUCGGGGCUGCGAUUAGGCUAGUGAGUUACGGUCUCCUGGUCCUCCCAAAUGGCAGUAUGAUCCAGGACACUGCUCGUCUAGUCGCAUCGCAACUCAUAUUCUGUCUUGGAGGCUUCAACGUCGUCGGGGCCCGAGUGGGCAGUCAGGCUUCAGUGCCACACGAAGACAUGGCGACUAUCAUCGCACUUCUGACGCUAUGGUCUUCACUGGGCUCAUCGAUUGGCAGUGCUAUUUCGUCAGCCAUCUGGACGAAUGAGAUGCUCGACCAAAUGAGGGUAGAACUCCCGGAUGUCCCCGAGGCAACACUUUCGAAGAUGUAUGGAAGCAUUCGCGCUAUCCGGACCCAGUAUGCUUUCGACGACCCGAUUAGACAAGGUGUCAUUCGUGCGUAUGCAUAUGUGAAUGGACAUAUUGCUAUCACGGCUCUAUGCCUGGCUGCGGUGCCUCUGGUGGCGACAUUCUUCAUGCCGGAUUUCUAUCUAGGUCAACAACAGAAUGCAGUGACGAAUACUGGUCUUGAUGGAGAGCCUAUUGACGUGCCCCGUCGCCGAAAUGAAGAUGUUAGCUCUCCAGGCAUCGCAACUGGAGAGAAACAAUCUUUCUACCAGCGAAUAGUUGCUGCCUAUCGGAGCGACGUAUAGACGCCCCGCCCCACGCACUCCCAGUCAGUCCGUAUGGACAAAGCCUGGCUAUCUCCAUGGUGGAAAGGCUCUUUCGACAAGAGGUAGUCUAAGCAUUGUGCGAAGUACAUCAAGAGCAAGAUAAUGGAAGGAGUACGUUGGAGAUUGCCUUGAUAGAAGUCUAAGUUCCCUCUGGUCAUAUCAUAGGAAUUAGGCAGCGAGAACAUACUGAGCCUUGGCAAAAUUAAAGCAUAGUUUCCAAGAUCUGCCGUCUUAUUCCAACCAUUCACCAUCCGAAGAACAUCUGCCUCGGACCCUCGUCGACUUUGAGAACUCCGACUCUUGAUCGUUGUGCCACCUACAACUCUUCAUAUGUUACGAUGACACAGAGCUCAGACGAACGGAAGUAGAGCGAGAAUUCCAGCAGCUAAAGCUGCGGGCGCCUGUCGUGUAACUGCGCCGCCGGUGAAAGUAGAA